UUUCAUUCUUUUCCUCUUCCUUCUAUAAAAUAUGUACACCACGGAGAAUAAAAACACUUCCGGGAGAUCCUGGAUCGUUAUCGCGAUGAUACUCGCGGUGUUUCAUCUGCCCGCGAUUGUGUCCGCGCAAUUGGGCUUUGAAAGAUUCAAAAGCGAAAACACCAUCGCCACGUACGAUAAUGUAUUGAAUUUCGCAAAAGUUGGAGAGAACGACGUUGCAAAGCAGCUGAACGAAGAACUACUUGGCACGGCUAAAACACGGCACAAACGAUUAUCGGAUCAAAGGCGAGCAGAACUAGAGACCCUGAUGGCUCUUUCAAAGAUGACGGAAAAAUUGGUCAACGUAAUAAGGGGAGGACGACACUUGGACCUGACGAAAUCGGAAAAUCGGUUACAAGGGAAAUAAGGCCUAUCCUGUUGUUAGUUGAGAAUUGAUAGCAGUGCGAAGGAUGUUGACGUAAUUUUAAUUUACCAAUGACGGUACAGAGAAUCAGAAUAGGAUGACCCUGGUACGAAAAUAAACAAAUCGAGUGUAUCAAUUCGUUGCACGAAAUCAUCGAUGGAUCAUCAUAUUGACGAAUUAGGCGUUUCAUCGGCAAAAAAUGAUCUUCUCUUACGCAUGAAUAAGAAUGACAAUUAUGUAACUUAUUUAUUUAACGGAAUGAAUGUUUGCAAAUUGUUUUUUGUACGAUGUUUUCUACUUUUUAUAUUAUUUAUCAAUAAAUUUAUAUAUAAUUCAACUUAA